AUGCCGAAUGGCAUCAGUAAGCGCCAGCAGCUGCGCAAUGAGAAGACCCUCGCCGAGCUGAUCCGGACCGUCCCUGGCAAUGACCGAUGUGCCGAUUGCGAUGCCUUGACCCCAGGAUGGGCGAGUUGGAAUAUGGGUCUGUUUCUGUGCAUGCGGUGCGCCGCAAUCCACCGCAAGUUGGGCACACAUAUCUCCAAGGUCAAGUCUCUGUCAAUGGACACCUGGUCGGCAGAGCAGGUGGAUAAUAUGAAAUCCCAUGGCAACCUCCUCAUGAACAAGAUCUAUAAUCCCAAGAAUAUCAAGCCGCCAGUCCCGACCGACGUUGACGAGGCCGACUCGUGCAUGGAAAGAUUCAUUCGGCAGAAAUACCAGUACCGAUCCUUGGAGGAUGGAAAGCCCAAGCCUCCUAGUCGGGAAGACUCUAGCUACACUAGACGCCACGAAUCUAACCGAGACGACUCCGGAUAUAGCAGACGCCCCGAAUCGAGACGCGAUGAAUCACCGAACAGAUCGCCCGAUGGUUCACCUCCUCCGCUGCCGCCAAAGUCAGGCAAGUUCUUCGGGUUUGGACUUAGGUCAUCCUCCUCCACCUCCAACCUCCGUCGAUUUGGAACCAAGAAGGCGUCGCCAGGAUUUGACCAACGGCCUUGGUCUCCACCGCCUUCAGGCAGGACAACUGGAAUGGGAGCACCGGUUGCUGAUGUGACGACUGCAUCAUUGGAAGCGAAGAUGGCAGCGCUGCAGGAGAUGGGUUUCACCAAUGUUCGGCGCAACGAGAUGGUUCUAAAAGGUCUCAAUGAGGACCUAGACCGUUGUGUUGAGACAUUGGCGAGACUAGGCGAAGGAGACCCCGAAUUGAUACGGGCUAGGGCCUCGGCGAGAACACCCACAACCAGGGCAGUAUCAUCUGCAGUGCCUGUCGGUCUUUCUAGACCAGAAACAGCACACAAUCCUUUCGACAGAGCCGUCUCGAAUCCAGUUCCCCAACAGUCGCAGCCAACACAGCCAGCGCAGCCAGCGCAACAGACUCCUUAUAACCCAUUCGAUCAGUUUACCCAGCCACCGCAACAAUCUUUGCACACCCCCCAAUCGGCUCAACCUUUGGAGAACUCCUUCCAAAACCUACAGGUGUCCCAGCCCUUGUUCCCGCACUCCACUGGAGGAUAUCCGAGCCAAGCCAACCCUAUGCAGCAGCCUGCAUACCAGCAACCGUAUACUCCCCCGGUUACAGCAACAUUCUCUCAGGGUGCUUAUGUUUCCUCGCCUCAGCCCGUGGACAACAAUUAUAAUCCAUUUUUCCAGACAGCGCCCCAGCCGCAAGGCAACAUGGCCAAUCAAACUUAUCCCAAUCCGAGUGCUGCACAGAACAAUCCAUUCUAUAACAAUGUUGCUCAGAACCAACCACAACAGCAACCAGUCCCAUCAAUUUCAGUGCCUCGACCGCCCCAACAUGCAAACACCAUGCCGGCGAUAUCAUCCACUUCACCAUUCGGAACAUCUCCAUUUGGUCCGACACCUUCUUUCCAACCGCAGCAGCAGCAACAGCAGCAAUAUCAGCAGCAGCAGCAGCAGCAGCAGCAGCAGCAGCAGCAAGCUCAGAAUACAGGCUCCUUUAACCCAUAUCAGCAGUCAAUGGGUCCCUCAACUCCACAAAGUGCAAUCGGCUACCCGAACGGCUUGCCGAAUCAAUACCAACCACAGCAACACCAGCAACACCAGCAAUUGGCACCUCAAGCUACGGGCCAAAUGGAUAAAAAUAGUAUCCUUUCUCUGUACAACCUCGCUCCUUCGCCCACCAACGGAAUUCCUCCGAUCCCACAACAAUCCCAAUCUCAAUUCCAGCCCAGUGCAGGAACCAAUCCUUUCCCAACAUCUCCUCAGCCCUUCAACUCUGCUCCCCAAGCCCAAGCCGUCCCCAACAUCCAGAUUCAACAGCAGAGCUUUGCAUCCCAAAACCCAUAUGGCGGGCCUAAUACCGGCUCUGGUGCUGGUUCAGGUUUAGCUGCGCAAGCAGGCGUGACAUCCUACCAGUCCUCAGGUCUGGGCAUCGGAAUGGGUGCCAAUGGCCCCGUAGCGCCUGCUCCAGCUCCAGCACCAGCACCAGCAAUGGGGAUGGGGUUGGGGGGUUUAAACCCAUAUGCUUCCCAGCCCAGUCCUUUCACUUCGGUCAACCCGGCGCUGCCCAGAACUCACAUGAGCCAGCCAAGCGUUGAUAUCAAUGGCCUGCAAAACGGUCGGCACAGCCCCGACGCCUUUGCCAGCUUGAGUGCGCGCUAUGGUUGA